AGGUAUCGUAUCCGGAUGAUCAACGUCAGGUGCGAUGCCGUGCUCACCGUCUCUAUUGAUAACCACAUGAUGACAAUUAUCGAAGUCGAUGGUGUAAACCAUGUUCCAUACACAGUAGAUGAAAUCCAGAUCUUUGCUGGUAUGAUCUUCAGUUUGAACACGGACCAAGAAAUUGGUAAUUACUGGAUCCAUGCCAACCCCAGUGUUGGUAUGCAGGGCUUUGAUGGGGGUAUUAACUCUGCCAUCCUCCGAUACAACGGUGCCGCUGAUGUAGAGCCCGAUACUGUGGCUUCCACAAGUGUAUUGAAAAUGAAUGAGACCCAGCUGGUGCCCCUUGAGAAUCCAGGAGCUCCCGGGACCUCUGAAAUUGGAGGCGUCGAUGUCGCGAUGAACCUUGCUCUCGCUUUUGUUUCCAGAACGUUCACAAUCAAUGGUGCCUCGUUUGUUCCCCCGACAACUCCAGUUCUUUUGCAGAUUUUGAGUGGUGCACAGAGCGCUAGCGAUCUACUUCCCACGGGAUCUGUUGUUUCUCUUCCGGUGAAUUCUACAAUCGAAAUUUCUCUGCCGGGCGGUGUUGUUGGCGGAGGGCAUCCGUUCCAUUUGCACGGCCACACCUUCGAUGUUGUGCGAAGCAUGGGUAGUGACGUGUACAACUACGAGAAUCCUGUUAGACGAGAUGUUGUCAACAUCAGUACAACCGGUGACAAUGUUACGAUACGGUUCACCACCGAUAAUCCUGGACCAUGGUUCCUUCACUGGUCGGUUGUCUUCCAUGACUGUAGAUUGAAAAUGACCUAA